GACAAACCAGGAAACAGCUUCUCAUUCGUCCUCACUACAGAGACACAGAGUGAAAAACAGACGAUCAGAUUCACCUUCAGACCAAACUAACAACUUCCUCUGACUGAGUUCAGCUACAGGAGAGAAAAGUGGAAAACUACAACACUGCUGCUUCAACCUGCUGACGCUCCACACACUGAAGCUUCAGAGACAAAAUGGCUUCCAGAUCAGAGGAGGAUCUCUGCUGUCCGGUCUGUCAGGAGGUCUUCAGAGAUCCUGUUGUUCUGUCAUGUAGCCACAGCUUCGGUAAAGUCUGUCUGAAGAGCCGGUGGAGAGAAAAACAAGCACCUGAGUGUCCAGUUUGUAAGAGAAGAUCUUCAAAGUCAGAACCACCUUGUAACCUGGCGUUAAAGAACCUGUGUGAGGCCUUCUUACAGGAGAGAGAUCAGAGAGCUUCAGAGGCUCUCUGCAGUCUGCACUCUGAGAAACUCAAACUCUUCUGUCUGGACCAUCAGCAGCCAGUGUGUCUCGUCUGCAGAGAUUCAGAAAAACACAGCAACCACAGAUUCAGACCCAUCGAUGAAGCUGCACGACAACACAAGAAGGAACUUCAGGAAACUCUGGAGCCCUUAAAGGAGAAGUUAAAGGUUUGUGAACAAGUUAAAGAGGAGUUUGAUCAAACAGCAGAACACAUGAAGGUCCAGGCCCGACACACAGAGAGGCAGAUUAAGGAGCAGUUUAAGAAGCUUCAGCAGUUUCUAGAGGAGGAAGAGGUGGCCAGGAUGGCUGCACUGAGGGAGGAAGAGGAGCAGAAGAGUCAGAUGAUGAAGGAGAAGAUGGAGGCUCUGAGCAGAGAGAUAGCAGCUCUUUCAGACACAGUCAGAGCCACAGAGGAGGAGCUGAGAGCUGAAGACGUCUCAUUCCUGCUCAACUACAAGGCUGCAGUGGAAAGAGUCCAGCAGCGCCCCCUGCUGGAUGAUCCACAGCUGCCCUCAGGAGCUCUGAUAGACCAGGCCAAACACCUGGGCAACCUGACCUUCAACAUCUGGAACAAGAUGAAGGACAUGGUCUCCUACACUCCUCUCAUUCUGGACCCAAACACUGCAAAUCCAUAUCUCAUCCUGUCUGAAGAUCUGACCAGUGUGAGACGAGGAGAGAGACAGCAGCUUCCUGACAAUCCAGAGAGGUUUGAUGGUUUUUGCUCUGUCCUGGGCUCUGAGGGCUUUAACUCAGGGACUCACAACUGGGAUGUCGAGGUUGGAGACAGUACAUACUGGACACUGGGUGUGUUAGCAGAGUCUGUUCAGAGGAAGGGACUCAUAUGGUCUGGAUUAUGGACAAUAAGGUUCUUUGAAGGUAAAUACUCAGCAUGGUCACCACCAGCUCCAUCCACUGUUCUCAGAGUUCAGAAGAAGCCCCAGAGGAUCAGAGUGAAUCUGGACUGGAACAGAGGAAAGCUGUCGUUCUCUGAUCCUGAUACUAACACACACAUACACACCUUCACACACACUUUCACUGAGAGGAUGUUUCCAUACAUUAACACUGAGGAUGAAGUGAAGCUGUCAGCAGUGAAGGUCUGUGUGACAGUGGAACAGAGCAGUUAGAGAUAAAGAGGAUGAUUAUAUUCAUGAUGUUGUUGAUUUCUUAAAGGGAAAAGUCUCUGAAUUUAACCUGUUAAGCUGCACCUGUCCUCCUGCUGUCUCAUUAUUCCAAACAUAUCUUUAUUUUAUUGUUUCUAUUUUCUUUUUCUUGUUAUUUAGUUUGACAAUCAUCGUUCACUGAGUUUCUUUAUGUCUGUUUCUUUUUUAUCCACACUGUGUCGUUUUAAAUAGUUGUUCGUGUUUUAUUAUUUAGACUUGUGUGUGUGGAGCCAUGAAGACCAGCAGCCACUUUGUGGAAGCUGAUGAGGAUUGAAAUAAAGAAGUUUGUUUGAGCGGCCAA